GAAUUUGGUUAUGAACAUCUGACAGUUACAUUAUGACUAAAGAGGAGGCAACAUCUCAGUUAGCUCAAAGUUUAUUCCAUUCAAUAAAUGCGCAUUUUUCACGAGCUCGUAUAAAACUAUAUGGAUGGCGCCAUUUAGGAUGGUUGGUUUUGUUGGUCGCUGCACUCAAUGUUGUUUGUAUAGGCGGUAAAAGAAGAGCAUUUGGAAUAUUUGUUGCGGCUCUACACAAUGCCUAUAAUGAUACAAGUAUGACGGAGUUGAACUGGGUUGGUGACAGUUACGCUGCACUUGGAUUCUUUUUAAUGCCUUUUGCUACAACUGCAAUUAUUCGACUAAAUCGACCCUACAGAAGCACUAUGUUUAUUGCUGGCUUACUUAUCUUCCUCAGUUGUAUGACAUCAGCUGCAGUACCCAGCCCAGGUUACUUGUUCCUAACUCAUACAAUAAUCCAUGGACUUGGAUCUACGCUGAUUUUAUGUGGUACAAGUCUUGUGACAGGGGAGUAUUUCGACAAAUCACAUCGAUUUCAUGUGCUAGCUACAGCUUUUGUGUCCGGAGGACCUUAUGGUGUAUUAAUAUUUGGUCCAUUGUACUCAAAUUUGAUACAGAAUUAUGGUUGGCGAGUUGCAUUUCAAAUAAGUGGAGUCCUCUUUUUGUUCGUCACAUGCUUAGCUGGAAUUGUGUUUCUUUCAAGAGACACGUUUGAAUAUCAUCAAGCGAUAGCAGAAACAUCUGAAGUAAUAGAUGAAAAUCCGGUGAAUAAAUCUCUACGAAGACAAUCAAUCCUACUUCGUAAUUCACCGAAAGCAAGUGAUGGGCGUGGAUGGGCAUUUUGUUCGAUUGAACAUAUGAAGAACAAUCCGCAAGUAUUUAUCUGGGGAUUUGAACGCUUAAUUCACAAUCUUGUAAUUUAUGGUUUGCUUAUGAAUAUGACAGCUUAUGUGAGUCAAGCAUUAAAUGAUCAGUUAGUCAUGGGUGCCCGUGUUAACUUAUACUUUGGUAUAGGGGAAUCAGUUGUAUUUACAAUUGGCGCUUUAAUCGGUGAUCGUAUACGUGGUCAUUUAGCAACUGCCUAUUUUAUUGGUGCAUUAUUUGCUGCCUUAUUUCUGCUUAUUAUGCAAAAAACUUAUGAAGAUAUUAAUGUGGUUUAUAUACUUGCUGGAUUCACUGGUGCUACUGUUGGUGUUGGCAAUACCUUUUUAUAUGCUACGUCAGAAGAGGUAAUGCUUGUUCAUGGUUCAAUUGCAUUCCCUAUGACAAAAAUGAUCGCCGGUAUUGGUAUGUUAUUAGCACCGUUGUUUUCAGGUGCAAUAAUAGAUGGUUUUGGAUAUGGUGGGUUUUUUAUUAGUAUGGCAAUUCUAGUAUCAAUAAGAGUCAUUUUACUAGGUAUCAUAUGCUUCAUACUACAUCGUAGGAAAAAAUUAAUUCUAGCCACUGAAAAUGAAGAAUUGCCUAAAAAUACAAAUGAACUAUACCACUGUUGUCAAAACACAGAUAAACCAUGUAGUGAUAAAUUAACAAGUUUAAACAUGGAAAAUGAUAACAUAACUUUCAAUACAGAUGGAAUACACGCAGACUCAACACGACUUGAUUUAGAAAAACGCAUUCAAACAUCAUCUGAAUGGUAUCAUGAAAAUGAUAGAAAAAUACCGUGAAAGUAAACUUAUUAGCAAUUAUCUGAACAGAACAUUAUAUCAUAUAAAAACCAUUUUGGUGAUGAAUAAUCUUACUUUUGCUUAAUUGGACAUAUUUAUACUACUAUUAUGUGGUUGGUUUCACAGCAUUACAUUACUACACAAACAGGAUUGUCAACAUUCAUUUUAACAACAGUUCAAUUCAUAUUGCUUAGACAGUGAUAAUUUUUUUGAUGUGGGAUUAUACUUAUAACUUACCGUCCGAUACCUGAUUUACAUACAAGAUUAAAAUUAUACUCCUUCGCUUUUUUCGGCUUAAACAACACCUCAAGUUCAAUUGUCUCUUUUCCAAGGAUAACACCGAAACCAUUGUUCGGUUGAACGUCAAGAAACUAAAAAGCAAAGAGAAUUUAUUUAUUCCAAGUAUGACUACAAUUGGUAUAAGGUAAACACUAUUAAAACAAAUAGAUAAUUCAACAUUUUCGAAAUUUCCCACUAUUUUCAAAUAACUGAGAUAACAGCAUGCAAACUCACACGCACACACAAACAAUCAAAGACAACGCUAUAGUUAAUCAAAUGUAAACAUGUUCAAUAAUCUGAAAUCGUGUAAACUUACUCGAAUCUAGCGUCUUUUUCACUUGGUAAUCACUCUUAUUUAUAUUGAAGAACAAACAAUCAGAGAAAUCAAUCGCUUAUUUACAAUCAACAAUUAAUAUAUUAAAACUUUGCAUUUUUAUUACUGCAGACAUAUUAAACACUCCUCUUUACUGUGUAAUUUAUUGUUGCGUAGUUGACCUUUGAGUUGUAUUAGUUAAGAAAAAUGAAUGAGAAUUCUGUGUAACUUCAAGUCUGAUAAAGACGAAUACAAAUAUGCUUCAGUUAAUUGACUAAUUUUGCAUUUUUAUUGUUGUUCACCCUUACAUUUCGAUUAAAGAAGAAUAUUAACUUGCAAGUGAAAGUAAUAAAGUAUGUUUCCAAUGCC